CAAGGACGAUCAAGGCCAUGUUACCUGCCGUGCCAUCAAGACUAAGGUCAAGAGUCUCCAUGCUGAGAAUAACGAGCUGCAAUAUGCCGUCCCCGGAGGUCUUAUCGGCGUUGGUACACAAAUGGAUCCCACUCUCACCCGAGCGGAUCGCUUAGUUGGACACGUCCUCGGCUAUCCGGGCCAUCUUCCUGAUGUCUAUGAUCAGAUCGAGAUCAAGUAUCAUCUUCUCCGUCGUCUGCUCGGUGUGAAGCAAGACACUGAUGCUUCGAAGCAUGGCGAGGGCUAUAAGGGUCCCUCCAUUACGAAGCUGAAGAACAAGGAAAUUCUUAUGGUCAACAUAGGAAGCACUGCCGCUGGUGGACAGAUUGUCGGCACUAAGACUGAAGGUUCGGUGGCGAAGGUCCAACUCGCUGUACCCGUCUGCGCGAAUGUUGGUGACAAGCUGGCCCUGAGCCGACGUAUCGACAAGCAUUGGCGUCUCAUUGGCUAUGGCGAAAUUGUGAAGGGCAAGAUGGUAUCCGGCAAGACUGCUUAG